AGAAGCGCAGUUACCUCUUUCAGUGUACAGCUAUAUGAUACAUCUGUUGCCGCUUUUACAACGCGUGUACUGACACGCCGUUUUAUUGAAUUUCGUCAUCUAAGCAAUUUAAGUCAAAACUUAUCAACAUGGGAACAGAGAGGAAGGGUACGUUUAAAGUUCAAUAUUUACAAAAAAUUGAACACGAUGCACAGCAUAAAUGGGAAGCGUCAAAAGCAUAUGAAAUGGAUGCACCAGCUCAUCCUAAAAAGAAGCCAGAUGAAAAGUUUUUAACUACUUUUCCAUUUCCUUACAUGAAUGGAAGACUUCAUCUUGGUCAUGCAUUUUCUCUUACUAAAUGUGAAUUUGCUGUGAGAUACCAACGCUUACUAGGCAAAAAUGUUCUUUUCCCAUUUGGAUUCCAUUGCACAGGAAUGCCUAUUAAAGCUUGUGCAGAUAAAUUAAAACGUGAAAUGGAAACUUAUGGCUAUCCACCUAAUUUCCCUGAAUUUGAAGAAGAAGUGGAAGAAGUAGUUACUGAUGUAAAAAUUGUUGAUAAAAGUAAAGGAAAAAAGAGCAAAGCUGUUGCCAAAACUGGAAAAGCAAAAUACCAAUGGCAAAUAAUGCUCAGUUUAGGAUUGAAGGAUGAAGAAAUCAAAAAUUUUGCAGAAGCUGAGUAUUGGCUCGAUUACUUUCCACCUUUGGCUGUUCAAGAUUUAAAACAAUUUGGAUUGCAUACGGAUUGGAGAAGAUCAUUCAUAACUACAGAUGCUAAUCCUUUCUUCGAUUCAUUUAUAAGGUGGCAGUUCUGGCAUCUGAAAGCUAGAAAUAAAAUUGCCUAUGGCAAAAGGCACACAAUCUUUUCACCAAAAGAUAAUCAACCUUGCAUGGAUCAUGACAGACAAACAGGUGAAGGUGUUGGCCCACAAGAGUACACCAUAAUUAAAAUGAAAGUGAUGAAACCCUACCCAAAAAAAUUACAAUGUGUAUCAGAUGACACUCCUAUUUAUUUGGUAGCAGCCACUCUUAGACCAGAAACAAUGUAUGGUCAAACUAAUUGUUGGGUGAGACCUGACAUGAAGUACAUUGCUUUCUCUACAAUCAAAGGGGAAGUGUUUGUGUGCACUAAAAGAGCAGCGCGAAAUAUGUCUUGGCAAGGAUUUACUAAAGAAGAAAAUAAAAUUGAUAUUAUUGCUGAAUUAGUUGGAUCUGAUAUUCUAGGAAUUCCCUUGAAAUCUCCAAAAACUUCUUAUGAUGUAAUAUAUACCCUUCCAAUGCUCACUAUUAAAGAAGAUAAAGGUACAGGUGUUGUUACAUCUGUACCCAGUGAUGCUCCUGAUGAUUAUGCAGCAUUAACUGACUUGAAAAAGAAACAGCCAUUAAGAGAAAAAUAUGGUAUCACUGAUGAAAUGGUUUUACCUUAUGAUCCAAUCCCAAUAAUUGAAGUGCCAGAUUUUGGAAAUUUAUCAGCAGUUACUGUUUGUGAACAACUCAAUAUACAGUCACAAAAUGAUGCUGUCAAAUUAUUACAAGCCAAAGAAAUGGUGUACUUGAAAGGAUUUUAUGACGGUGUAUUACUGGUCGGUGAAUAUAAAAAUCAAAAAAUAAGAGAUAUCAAGAAAACUAUUAAAGACGAGCUCAUUAAAAAUAAUGAAGCAGAAGUUUAUUAUGAACCUGAGAAAAAAAUCAUGUCAAGAUCUGGUGAUGAAUGCGUAGUUGCUCUAUGCAAUCAAUGGUAUUUAGUUUAUGGAGAGCCUGAAUGGAGAAAACAGGCUGAUCGAGCACUGGAAAACUUAGAGACUUAUCAUGAUGAAGUGAGGAAAAACUUCAAUGCUUCCCUUGAUUGGCUUCAUGAAUAUGCUUGCUCAAGAACCUAUGGUUUGGGUACAAAGGUACCAUGGGAUCAACAAUGGCUAAUUGAAUCAUUGUCAGAUUCAACAAUCUAUAUGGCAUAUUAUACUGUAGCUCAUUUAAUUCAAGGAAAUAGUUUCAAAGCUAAUCAGCCAAAUGCACUGAACAUAAAGGCUGAAGAUAUGACUUCUGAAGUUUGGGAUUACAUCUUUUUCAAGGAUGCAAAAUUACCUUCUCCAAAAACUUGUAAAAUUCCUAAACAAUCAUUAGAAUUAAUGAGAAGAGAAUUUCAGUAUUGGUAUCCAGUAGAUUUAAGAACAUCAGGAAAGGAUCUUAUUCCUAAUCAUCUUACCUAUUAUCUUUAUAAUCAUACUGCUAUCUGGCCCAAUGAACCAGAAAAUUGGCCAAAAGCAAUAAGAGUUAAUGGUCAUUUACUACUUAACUCUGCAAAGAUGUCAAAGUCUGAUGGAAAUUUCCUCACUCUUUCCGAGGCAAUAAGGAAAUAUUCUGCUGAUGGUACAAGGUUGUGUCUAGCUGAUUCUGGAGACUCAAUAGAAGAUGCUAAUUUCGUAGAACGCACUGCAGAUGCUGGUGUUUUAAGACUGUAUACAUUUAUUGAAUGGGUAAAAGAAAUUGUAACAGCAUCUCCCGAAUCUUUUCGCCAAGGAAAGUCUAGCACAUUUAAUGACAGAGUAUUUGAAAGUGAAAUCAAUUUAAAGAUUCAGGAAACUAAAGAGAAUUAUGAUAAGAUGCUUUUUAAAGAAGCUUUGAAGACUGGAUUUUACGAAUUACAAUCAUCAAAAGAUAAAUAUGUACAAUUGAGUUCAUUAGAAGGCAUGAAUCAUGAGCUCCUAAAGAAGUUUAUAGAAGUACAAAUUAUUCUUUUGGCACCGAUAUGUCCACACGUUGCAGAACAUAUUUGGAACUUGAUUGGAAAGAAAGGAUCUAUUUUGGAUGCAAGAUACCCUACUGCUGGUCCAAUAGAUAAAAUUUUGAUUGAAUCAUCUCAGUAUCUUAUGGAUGCUGCUCAUUCGUUUAGAGUGAGAUUGAUCAAUCAUACUACUGUUAAAACAAAAAAACAAAAGGGUCCUGUUGCUCCAAUUGAGAAACCUACUGUAGGUACUAUUUAUGUUGCAAAAACGUGGCCUGCUUGGCAGAGUUCAGUUCUUACAUGUAUGAAAGAACUAUACAUGAAAAAUGGAAACUGCCUCCCAGAAAAUAAAAUUAUCGCUGCAGAGUUAGGCAAAAAAGCUGAAUUGAAAAAGUAUACUAAGAGAGUGAUGCCUUUUGUUCAAAUGACAAAAGAAAAAAUGGAAGCAGUUGGAAUUGGUGCUCUUAAUCUUACACUUGACUUUAGUGAAUAUGAUGUUUUAACUGGAAGCAAAGAAUACUUGCGUAGCACACUUGAUCUUGAAAAAUUAGAAAUUAAGUAUUCUGAUGAAGCAGAUGAUAAGACGAAAGAAGAAUGUUGUCCAGGAGCUCCUUACAUUGCUUUUUCUACUCAACCAAGUUUAGAUUUAUAUUUUAAAAAUUCCCAAAAAUGCGUUGGAUUGUUUUCUACAACGAUAAAAAUUUCUGAUCAAGAUUCAGUAAAGCAAGUCAUUGCUAAGCUGGCUAAAAAUAGGAAUAUUAAAGAUCUCUCCACCAUAACUGUAUAUCGUCAUGAAGAUCCAGUUCUAGGCCCACGAUCAAUUCCUUCAAGUGAGAACAUUCUACGAGGAAUGCAAAGAAUACCAGAUGAUGCAGUAUUCUCCGUUGAUUUUGAUAAAAAUAUAAUUAACCUUCUCAUUAACAAUACUGCGCAUCAUGUGGGAAUUGAGGUUGUCUAUUGUAUAGACUUGUAGAUUUGGUUAUGCUCUAACAUAAUUAAAUAAUUUAUUUAUUUUGUUCAUGGAGCAAAUGUAAAGUAUUAACUUGACAAUUGAAUUGUAUUUUAGAUAACAAUUUAAUAAAAACACAAUUUUUAAAAUGUGAAAAAA